UGCCUGCACGCCAGCGACAGAUCCGGCGCAUGCGCAGUUCAUUGUUUUGACUGAAAAUGCCGUCGGUUUCGAAAACGGCGGCCAAUGCGUCUCCUCAAACCGAGAAACCUACCCACUAUACAUACUUGAAGGAGUUCAGGACAGAGCAGUGCCCGUUGUUCCUCCAGCACAAGUGUACGCAGCACAGACCCUUUACUUGCUUUCAUUGGCAUUUUCUUAACCAGCGACGAAGGCGACCCAUAAGAAGGAGAGACGGCACCUUUAACUACAGCCCCGACGUGUACUGCACGAAAUAUGACGAGACUACAGGCAUUUGCCCCGAUGGAGAUGACUGCCCUUAUCUACACCGGACCACUGGUGACACAGAACGCAAGUACCAUCUACGAUACUACAAGACGGGCACUUGUAUACAUGAGACGGAUGCUCGAGGGCAUUGUGUGAAGAAUGGCCUGCACUGUGCUUUUGCUCAUGGCCCGCAUGAUCUCCGACCUCCAGUCUAUGAUAUCAGAGAGAUCCAAGCACAAGAGGCCCUCCAGAAUGGUCAGCUGGGAUCUGGGGAGGGCAUUCCUGAUUUACAGCCCGGCGUACUAGCCAGCCAAGCUAUGAUUGAGAAAACUCUGACAGAAGAUCCCCGGUGGCAAGACACCAACUUUGUUUUGGCCAAUUAUAAAACAGAUCAGUGUACAAAGCCCCCAAGACUAUGCAGACAGGGCUACGCAUGCCCCCACUACCACAACAGUAGGGAUCGAAGGAGAAAUCCACGAAAGUUCAAGUACAGGUCAACUCCAUGCCCUAACGUGAAACAUGGUGAUGAGUGGGGUGAACCCUCCAAGUGUGACAGUGGAGACAGUUGCCAGUAUUGUCACUCACGCACCGAACAGCAGUUUCAUCCAGAGAUCUACAAAUCUACCAAAUGCAAUGAUAUGAGACAAACCAGAUAUUGUCCCAGGGGACCAUUUUGUGCAUUCGCACAUGUAGAAAGAAUUCCCUCCACAGAGGAGACCAUGAACUCUCUGCUAACAGCGAUCCAGUCGGGUUCGCAGUCCCAGCUCAGCUCUCAGCAGUAUUUAGAGGGUCCAGUCUCUGAGUGGAACAGUGGAGGAACCUCCACCACCAGCACGACCAGUAGCAACGGACAGAUAGGAAGUGUUUCAUGUUCUAAUAACUCGACUGUAACACCAAGCUCAGGAAGUGAGAGUUUGUUAUCCCCAGUGAGCUCCAUCAGCAGGGCCCUAUCCCUAACUAAUAGUAGUUUAUGUUCAGAGUCCAGCACAUCCAGUGUCUCAUCCCUGACGUCUAACUAUGCCAAAGCUCCGGGCUUUGAACGUGAGGAUCAGAUUAAAAGCAAGGGACAUAUUGAUCACAAACUGAUGGACCAAGACAAACAGACACAAAAUACUGUAUUCUCUGCAGUGAACCCUUUGGCAUCAAGCUUUACUUCCAGCAUAACAUCAAGCUUGGCCUCCAGUAUUGGCUCAGAUAGUUCUUCACCCACCACCUUAUCAACAAUGAAUGCAAAAGCCACUCCUUUCUAUCCGGGGAGCAACACAGUGGAGUCUGUCAUAGGCUCUGCGCUGGACCUCAACUUUAGUGACAUCAAUGUUGCCUCUCUGGAUAAAGAACUGGAGGAGCAAGAUAACAAUCUAGGAGCGCCAAGUCAGAGGGUGCUGGGUGGAUCUGCUCCUGUUAACAUUCCUGGAUCCCUGGCACGGUCAUCCUCUUUUAAUUCCUCGUCAUCGCUUUCCACCUCCCCUCUAAGCUCCAUUUCCCAGUCUUUGUCGCAGUCCCUCCUGUCUGGGACAGCAUCUCAGCUAAAUCACUCUUCCAAUAUGUUGGCUAAGCAAGAGCACGGCCUGCUGGGAACACCCACUUCUUCAACUCAGAGCUCUCUGGGUUUAAAUGGAGGAGCUAGCAACAUUUGGGACUUUGUAAGUGGCAGCUUUUCACCAAGUCCAUCUCCAGUUUUCAGCAGCCUGACCUCCACAACCAGCAGUGCUGAUCUGGCCCGCCUUUUUAGAGAGCUGGAUGAGGCCAAGAGGAAGAUCAAACAAUGGGAAGAGGCCUGGCAUCAGGUCAAACAAGCCUUUGAAGCUUGCCAGAAAGAUGCACAAGAAGCAAAGGAGCAAGCAAAGGCUGCUGAGGCGGAGCGGCAGCUGGCGGAGCAGAAAUGGGAGGACACUGAGCGCAAGCUGAAAGAGCUCCAGGGGGACUUUGAUGUGUUUUGUCGCACCCCUGGAACACCUCUCCUUCGUAGCUACGGAGAGCUGGACCAGCUCCCCUUGUCAAAGCUUCACUGUAUCCAGAGUCAGCUACGUAAUGACCUAGACCUUAUAGAUGGGGUAAUAUAUCAGCUUCAAUCAAAGAAAUGUAUAGUUUGCCAAAAGCAUGAUCGUUGCAUUGUUCUGCAACCUUGCCAACAUUAUGUACUAUGUGAGAACUGUGCACCUAGUAAAACAGAAUGUCCCUACUGUAGAACAAAAAUAUUGAAGUGGUGAUGUACAGUAACUUGAGGUACUAUUUAAAGAAUUAGCCCUUUGAAAAACUACUAAUAGAUAAUACAUUUUCUAAGCAGCAAUGUCUGUUUCUUACAGUGAUAGAAUUACUUUAGGAUAAAAUGAUGUUUGACUGACAAAACAAAUAGUAUUAUAAAUCAGGUUGCAUACUGGGGAUUCAAUUAUUAUUGUUUGUACUCAUUUUAUGUAAAUGUGCACGUUGUUAGUCAAUUUGAUCGCUCUCUGUCUAAAAAAGCCAUGCAGUCAGAUCGGAAUAUAAAUUGCCUUGUAAUUCUAAUAUAUUUAUCCAUGAUUCAAGCACUACAGGAUGAGCAGUAGCUCUCUGAUCCAGGUCUAGAUGUUGGUUUUACAUUUUUGGAUAAACACACAAUAGAUAAGGUUUUUCCUUCUUAAAAAAGCAAACAUAUGAGUCAUUAACCCGUUAGCUCUUAAAGAUCAAAGAUGAAUAAAUGCAGUCUGUGAAUAUUUGUAAGAACUCAGUGUGCAGAGGAAGUGUUAAUUUGUGGGUUGCUCUUCAAUCUUGUGUGGCAUCAGAAGUAGAGUACUGAAGAAAUCAGUAAAUAAGUAAUGAAAGGGUGAACUGAAUCCGUUUGUGUCUUUGUUAAAGAUUAAUACAUCUGAAUUGUAGAAAGAACAGCAGUGUGUGUCACAAACUCCCUUGAGUUGACAUUAAAAGUCACUCUGAGCAACGCUUUUAUUCAUACAACAUCAAAGAACGGUUCGCUGUAGCCCACCUAACUUUAAAUCAUAAUAUUGAAGUACAAUUUCAGGCACUUGAGUGUGAAUGAUGUUUAAAUUGAUGAAUCAUAUGUUUGUUUUUAGUAUUCUUGAGUUAUUCUUGAGUUCCAAAUUGAAUAGAUUGCCUGUGAAAUGUUCAGCAUAACCAUCACAUCAGAAAGCACCAGUGUCCAGGAACUCUGCUGAACGAGUUUCUUACAAGUAUUUCUUGGAAAAACAUAACUUUUUGGCCCAACUAUUCUGCAACAGUAGGAAAAGAAAGUGGCACUCAAUAAUAUAGCACGCAGUUUAGACAAGCAGCAAUGACUUGACUUAGGGAGAAAACAUCAAAACCUGUAAAUGUUUUGAUGUGUGCAGUCGUUCUGUUUUUUUUUUACAUGAAAUGACAUUUUGUUGAACCCCUAAAAUAAAACUUCAAUCCACAAUUUUUCAAAUGCAACCAGUCAAACAUCAUUACUUUAACCAAGUUUCUAAGGAAGUUUGACUUAUUAAAAGCACUUUGUUACCAGGGGACUUAAUGGGUGUUUAAAAAAUGCUUUAAGCUGCUUUGUAGGUAUUUCUUUUGUGUCUUUUUAGUUUCAUACUUUAUUUUCUACAUAAGCUAAUGUCUGAAGCUUUUGUCAGUACUGUGAAAAAUAAUUUGAAUAUUUCAUAUUUCUUAUUGGUAAAUCAUGGCAUGGCUCUACUUAGAGGUUUCAUUAAAAACAAACAACAAAAAAGUCCACAAUUGUUUCUACUUUCAUAGUUAGAUUUAUAAAAUUCAAUCAAAUAAGUGCAAAUUUAAACUGCAUUGUAGGUAUAACCAGCAGCUGUGAUAUCAGUAAGGCACAUGCUAUGUGUUAGGGCUGUUUGUCAAUCACUUAGUUUUGUUAUGUAGAAGUUUGUAUAGCCUAUCAAUUAGAGAAGCAUGUAUUGUAUUUGCUAAAAGCCUGAAAUGGUGACUUUUGUAGGAAAUCUUGCCUCUUGACUUUGUUUAGAACAUAUCGGCCUCUAACUUCCCUGAAGUGCCUUGCCUUAGUUGAAAAAGCUAUGUGUACAAUUAUCUAAGCAAACACCAGUAGUUGAAGCUUGUACACAGGUGUAUGGACAUUUAACUUUGCAAGAGCAUCAACAUGUGUAUGACUAUAUGUGUAUAUUCCAUGGUUUUUGGCCAAAUUCUUAAGUAUUUCUGCGGGAGAAGAAAAAAAAUCGAAGAUUUGAAAUUGCAGCGUCAUGUGUACCGACUCCACUUCUCUCCAAGUACCCACCCACUGUUUUCUUGGUUGUGGUGCUCUUUUGGUGCAGCUUCACUCCCAAAAUGCAUUCUUGAUUUACAUUUGGGAGUAUGGAGGUGUAGAACGUGCAAAAUUUGAAUCGUGAAUUAGAAAAAUGCUUUUUGAGAAGUCCAGUUGUUUUCUUUUCAUAAAUCUGCAGUGAAUGAAGACGUUCAUGGUUUACUCGCGGGGUGGAUUUUGGAUAGGAUUUAAGCUUAGGUUUCUUCAAAUUGAGAUGACCUUCUACUGUGUUUAAGAAUUAAAAUCUUUUUAUUCUUACUUUGAAAUCAGUAGAAAACCAUGUAUCUCCAGGUACACUUUUUGCUACAUAUGGAUAUGGGAUAUAACGCAUUGUUUACAUUCUCACAAAUGACAAUUAAGCAACUCAGAGGAAAAAUAUCAAGAAAACUUAUGGUAUUUUAGCAUUUCAUAUGUAUACUACAGCAUAAAAGGCAGGCUAUACACUUUUGAUAUUGCAUGUUAUGCGAUAUAGUAACCAGCUACCAAAAAAACCAACAAAAAAAAAACAGUAGAAAAAAAAAUGCACUGUGUCACACUGCCAGACUAUUUGUAUCGACUUAUUUUAGUGUAGUUAGGCUUAAUAACUUCUGCAAGCUUCGCUGCUACUGGAAAAGGUAUUAAUGUAGUUUCCUGUUAAACAUUUAGGUGUUUGAAUGUUGUGCAUCCACAGCUCAGAUUUCAUAAACUGCGAAAUAAUUCAUCUAACUUGACUUUUUUCUUUUUUUUUUUUAAAUGAAUUAUUAAUUUGUAAUUUAAUCUAGGUCAAAGGUUCUCUGCUUUUUUGCUUUUUUUUUAAUAUCACUUAAUAUGAUGUCAUGGGCCUGUACUACUGUAGAUUACUCCUUUUUUCUUCUUUUUUUUUUGUUUUAAAUUGAUUGAAAGCUAAGUUCUCCCCUGUACACUAGAUGGUGGUGUACUGUGCAGCUAAUUCAAAGAGUCCUUUGGUCUAUUUUGUUUCGCCUGUAAAUCCAACACAACUAAUGAUGUCUAGCGUGGAAAUAUUCAAACAAACCAAAGUUGUGUUCUAGUUGCUGUCCAAAUGUGUUUUUUAGAGGAAAGCAUUUUUGAUAAUGUUCAAGUGCUGGCAGCUCAGCCCGGUCUCACUGAAAGUAAGAAAGGACAGUUCAGUUAGCAAGGUGGUCUACGUGAAAAUGGGACAAAGUCCAACCUUGUAAGUAGCAGGAGUUCUCUUUUUUUUAUUUUUUUGCUUUAUUUCUUUUAUUCAGUACAAUAUCUAAAUCCCGAGUCUUUAACACGACUCGCUUUUUGCUUACAACAUCAAUAGACUAAUCCCAUUAUUUUGCUGUUUUACCAAAGAUGUGUAUUCUUCUUUUUUAUUUUCUACUACAUUUUCAUCAUUUAUUUUACUUCAGCAUAAACUCUAAAUUGAUUCAAAAAUAGAGUAUGUCACCUAGUACCUUAAAUAGAUGAAAUAAUUAAUACGUAAAAAUGAUUAAUGGUAUGUUUUUUCUAUCUAAAUUUAGUUGUAGUGGCUUGAUACACAGAUGAUCAAAAAUGCAUGUGUCAGAUCCUUACAAAAUGUGUAUUUGUACUUUGUUUUGUGUUGAAUAUACAUCACUGUUUCAGGUCAGCAUGUGCAACAUUGGCUUGCAUUUACUGACCUUAAACUAAGAUUAAAUGUCAGUUUAAUUGUUGUCUACAGUGAAGGAAUGUUUAGAUAAAUGACAUUUGUGCUUCUGAAGUGGCCAUAUAAACUUUAUAACAGUACUGUUUUAAGUAAAUUUUUGACUUUGCUUAAUCUAAAUUGUUUGGAAAUUGAUAGGUAUAUGCAUUAUAUGUUAUGGUAGGCCUACAGUGACUGUAAGGUGCUUUUAUUUUGCUUUUUUUUUUAGGGGGGGCACUUUCUUUUAUUUCUCAGAGCCAUGGCCCAAAUUAGGGUUUCUUUUAUUUUUCAUUUUAUUUUAUUUUCUACCUGAGACAGAAAAUGAUUGUGAAGCAUCAGUGGCAGAUACAGACGUAAUUACAACUUCAUAAAUAUGCUAAUUUGUUGUUGGCUCGUGGUCUCUAGAAAUCGACUUGGCCCGGUUUUCAAGUUUGCUAAAAGCAAGAUGAAACAAAUAUUCACUUAGUAAGCACAGCUUGCAUCUCUUCAGAUAUUUUUUCUUUAUCUCAAAAUGGACCAAUUAAUUUCAAAUGAAACUGUGCCUUUUUAAGAAUUACGUAAUAUGGAUUGACUGAAAAGGGAAAAAAAACACACAAUAUAGUUAAUCUGAAUCAAAAUUCCAGUGCCUUAAAAUAAUUUUCUGGACCACAAUGUAAUUUCUAAAAGUUCUGUGUAUUCAGGCAACUUGAGCUGAAAGGGAAACUGCUAACUUGAUGCAAUUCACUUCACAAAUAUUAUAGGAUGAAAGAUUUUAAUUGAAUGAUAAUUGUUGGUCUCAGUCUGUAUUUGCCGUACAGUUAAAGAAUAUAUAGCAAUAGUUAACCACUGAAUACACAGUUUUGUUAUCAAUUAGUCAUUUGGCACCAAAAUGUCAUUUGUUUGUUGGGAAAAGCACCAAAUAGAAAGAAUCUUGUAAAUGAAAAGUGAUAGGCAUUUCAUUUUUCUCUGCUCUGUAUUGGAAUAGUUUAAUCUAUUUUGCAUUAUUGUUAGUAGUUGUGUCUUUUUUUUGUUUGUUUUUGUAACUUUAUGAAAAUGGAGCCAGAGGAUUUAUGCAAUCUUGUAUAUGUUUAUGGAUAUGAUGUAUGGAGCUGUUUUGAAUUAAGUACAAAUAGUAAAAAGUCAAAAGUAAAUAAUCUUAAUGUGGAACCAGUUGUUCCAUGUACUUUACAAAUUUCUGUAGAAAUUGUUAUUUUAACAUUGAAACCCUGAAAUAUUGAAUGUAUUCUUCUAAAUUAGAUAUUCAACUAAUAGGUCACUGGAUAUUAUGGAUCGCAGUUAAUUGAUUAUGAUGUAGCAUCUAGUUGUGAACUGCUAUUCAAUAAAAUCUAUUAGAACUUUAAUGCAAGUUUUGAAGUUUCUAUUUGUCAGUAUAUCGGGAGAGUAUAAAGAAAGAAAUGUAUUUCUCUCAGGGUAGAACAGUGAUUUGACCCAGAAUGUGUUAAAUCUGAGGAAACAGCAUUUUAUGGAUUAAUAUACUUCAUGUCGUUGGGUUAAGACAUUUAUAGAUUUAAUUAAAAACAAAAAAAAAAGUCGCUUAUUUUGUGACGAGCUGUAUGGAUACGUAGGAAAUUCUAUACUGAUAAAUGUAGUAACUAUUCCAUUGGUUUAUUGAUAUUUUGUGUUGUUAACACAAAUACAGGUGCAAGUCUUUGGAUAUUAGAUGUUUCUUUUCUACUUUGAGGAUUGUGUACCAUAUAUUUACUGUAGUGUGUUACUAGUUUGUUAACACUUGUUUAAUUGUUACACUACAGUUAUGCAAUGGUUUACAGAAUUUACACAUUAUUUUUACCAUCUUGAGAAUUAAAGUAAUUUUUUUUUCCAUUUGAAA